UACUACUACUUCAAUUCCAUGAAAAAACGGGUCAACAUUAAUAAAAGACGCGGAUCCUUCUUCCGGGUCAAAUGCAAACUCUGCUGCGCGUUUUUCUCUCCCUGUCUAUCUUCUCUUCGAGUGCCCUACCCCCUCUCUCUCUACCCGAGCGCAAUUUUCUUGGAAGAGACGAUACCGCUAUGCCCUGGCUGCUUCUCUACAAUCUAUUGAUGGAUAAUCAGUUUUUUAACGAGGGGCUUUGUUACGAAUGCACCAAAUCCUCUUCGAUGGAGAACGUAGAGGAAGCAGCUGACGUGCAGAACGUAGAGGAGGAAGCGGCUGGCGAGAAGACGACGAGCGUGCCAGCCGAACGUGAGGAACCAGAGGCGGAAGUUCCAUUGGCUGCGACGGCGUCGACCAGGAUUCUGAGGCUGAGAGAUAGGAUAAAGCCUCCCAGCCGACUCCUUAGUUAAAUUGAGUCUUUUUUGCUAUUUAAUUAUUUUUGGUAUUUAUUUAGACAAUUUGGUAAUGUAAUUUAUUUUCUAUUUUUUGCGUCGAGCGUUUUAUAAGCUCCGUCGGGUUUUCUUUGUUGGUUCUUUCCCGACGUAGGAUAGGUCGAACCAACCCUAGGGUCCCUAGAUUAUAUAAAGGGCUAUUCAUUGUUCCGUCUUUUUUAUCAAUGAAGAAUUAUUUGCCCAAC